AUGCCGUCGUACACGGUGACCGUCGCUACGGGGAGCCAGUGGUUUGCGGGGACGGAUGAUUACAUCUACAUCACAUUGGUGGGCGCGCAUUCAUGCAGCGAGAGGACUCUGCUGGACAAGCCGCUUUACAAUGACUUUGAGAGGGGUGCGGUGGAUUCCUACCUGGUGAGGGUGGAUGAGAACCUGGGUGAGCUUUUGUUGUUGAAGCUGGAGAAGAGGAAGUACUGGGUGCAAGACGACUGGUACUGCAGCUACAUCUCGGUAAAGACUCCAGACGGAGACAACGUGGUGUUCCCGUGCUACCGCUGGCUGGUGGACGAUAAGGAAGUCGUGCUGCGGGAUGGGAGAGCUCACUUGUCUCAGGAUGAUAAGUUGAGUCUGGUUAAACAGCACAGACAGAACGAGCUGGAAAUGAGACGCAAAUCCUACAGAUGGACGGAGUGGAAGCCGGGUUUUCCCAUGAGCAUCGACGCAAAAAGACAUCGGGAUUUGCCUCGGGACAUUCAGUUUGACAGUGAGAAAGGAGUGGAUUUUGUACUAAACUACAGUAAAGCAAUUGAGAACCUGUUCGUCAACCACUUCAUGCACAUGUUCCAGUCGUCCUGGAGCGACUUUGCUGAUUUUGAGAGGAUCUUUUUGAGAAUCAAAAACACCAUCUCAGAAUACGUGAUGAAACAUUGGAAAGAGGACUUCAUGUUCGGCUACCAGUUCCUGAACGGCUGCAAUCCCGUCGUCAUCCAAAAGAUCGGCAAAAUUCCCGACAAAUUUCCCGUCACCGAUGAGAUGGUCGCUCUCAGUCUGGAGAGGGAGCUGAGUCUAGAAGAUGAAGUUAAGGCGGGUAACAUAUACAUGGCAGACUAUGAAGUGUUAGAUGGCAUCAAACCCAACUGUACAGAUCCGUGCACCUUGCAGUACCUGGCAGCUCCCAUCUGUCUUCUGUACAAGAACACACAGAACAAGACUGUGCCAAUAGCUAUACAGUUGGGUCAGACUCCGGGCGAGAACAACCCCAUCUUCCUACCCACAGACGAUCAUUACGACUGGCUUUUGGCUAAAAUUUGGGUGCGCUCGGCUGACUUUCAGCACCACCAGAAUAUCACACACUUGCUAAGGACACACCUGAUCUCUGAGAUGUUUGCUAUCGCCAUGUUCAGGCAGCUCCCUGCUGUACACCCUGUCUUUAAGCUACUCAUACCACAUGUCCGCUUCACCAUUGCCAUUAACACCAAAGCCAGAGAAGAGCUCAUCUGUGAGUGUGGGAUCUUUGACAAGGCAAACGCCACAGGUGGAGGCGGUCACAUGCAGCUGGUCGCAAAGGCCACCAAAACCCUGACCUUCAGAUCUCUCUGCUUUCCCGACAUGAUCAAAGCUCGCGGAGUGGACAGCGAGCAGGAACUGCCCACCUACUUCUACAGAGACGAUGGCUACAAAGUGUGGGAGGCCACCAAGAGCUUUGUAUCCGACGUGGUCACUAUUUACUACAGUAGCAACGAGAAGGUGCAGCGAGACGAAGAAAUCCAGGCUUUCGUUAAAGACGUGCGUACGUUCGGUAUGCAGAACUCAGAUUCCUGCGGGUUCCCCACUGAGCUGAAAUCUUGUGAAGAACUGAUAGAAUAUUUGACCGUCAUCGUGUUCACGGCAUCCGCGCAACAUGCCGCCGUCAACUUCGGACAAUACGACUGGUGUUCUUGGAUUCCCAACGCCCCCUCCACCAUGCGUAGACCUCCCCCAACGCAGAAGGGUUUCACCGACGUGGACCUGAUCAUCAACAGCCUCCCGGACCGAGGGCGCUCCAGCUGGCACCUGGGGGCCGUCUGGGCCCUCAGUCAGUACCAGGAGAACGAGCUCUACUUGGGAACGUACCCGGAUGAGCACUUCAUCGAGAAGCCGGUGAAAGCAGCCAUGGAGAAAUUCCGGAAGAGCUUGGCCGACAUCAGCAGUGCCAUCAAAACAAGGAACCAGAGGAAGAAACUGCCCUACUACAACAUGUCCCCCGAUAAGAUACCCAACAGCGUCGCCGUGUGA